CGCAGUCGGCGCUUUCACCGGAAUAACCGGAGCUACGCGAGGUCCUUGUUCCUACACGUUGCUGUAGUUUAAUAAGCGCGGCUUGUGUGUGCAGGAUGCGUCUGAUCAACAACAUGUCCACUAUUGCGGAGUACCCGAGCUCGGAGCGCCGGUCGAACCGGGUCGUGAAGAUAGCCGUGAUCGGCGGCAGCGGCGUCGGGAAAACCGCGCUCGUGGUUCGGUUCCUCACCAAGCGGUUCAUCGGUGACUACGAGAGAAACGCGGGAAACCUGUACUCCCGAGAGGUCCAGCUUGACGGAGAACAAGUGGCGAUCCAAGUUCAGGACACGCCUGGAGUGGAAUUAAAUGUCAAUGGACUCAGCUAUACUGACCAUGUGACCAGUUCGAUCCAGUGGGCAGACGCUGUGGUUAUGGUCUACUCGGUGACAGAUCACCGUAGCUUUGAUCUCAUUGGGCAGCUGCACCAGCUGGUCAGUUGCAACCACGCCGAUAGGUCCACCCUGCCGCCAAUCAUCCUGCUUGCCAAUAAGGCAGACCUGCUGCACGUGAGGAGGGUGGAUGUCCAGCAGGGUCCCUUGCUGGCCUCCGCGCUGGGCUGCUCCUUCUACGAGGUGUCGGCCAGCGAGGACAGCCAAGUGCACGGCGCCUUUCACAGGCUGUGCAGGGAGCUGGCCGAGCACCGGCCAUCCUGCGUGCUGUCUCCGCAUCCCGCGGCUGGCCCUGAGAAGAGGAGGUCGCCCCUGAUCCCCAGACCCAAGUCCCCCAACAUGCAGGACCUGAAGAGGCGCUUCAAACAGGUGCUCUCAGCCAAGGUGCGGACCGUCACGUCUGUGUGAGGGUGGGCAGGAGGCAGGGAAGGACCGGGGCACACCCCUCCCCCGCCCGGCUGAUCCUGGAGCUGACGGUUCCAACCUGGUCCUGAGCUCAGGUGCGCAUCCGCAGGCGGGAUCCGGAUGACGGCCGCCGACCUCUGACCUCCGAGCACGCGGUUGCCGUUGCCGAAAUAACAGGUUGCUGCUGAGUUUGCGACCUCUGACUUGUGAACUUUGGCCUUCAGACAAGCCACCUGUGCUGCCAUAAUGCCUUGGAGUUUAUGGAACUGGACUUUGGGAACUGUAGACCAAACAUCUUAAACAGGACUACUGCAAAAGACACUUGGAUUGAUUGAAACUUAGUGUACACAUACACACACACACACACACACACACACACACACACACACACCUGUGGACUUUCAGACUUUUCCCAUGGCAACUGAGCUGGUGAAGGACACAUCAGAGUAUUUUUAGUGGCUCUUACAAAGACUAGCUAGACUUUUUCUGUUAGGGGUCAAGGUUUUCACCUCUCACAGCAGAGACAAACUGAAAGCCAGCAUUGUUGAAGUAACAAGCUGAAGUGUGUGUGUGCACGCUGCGCUUCUCACUGUUACUGUGUGCAGUUUCUGUGUCAAAUUCCUAUCAGUGCCAAUUUGAACAACAAAAGUUUUUCAUGCACUUUAAAUCAAGCCCCAUGGCUUGGUCUUAUUUAUUGUUUCUAGUUGAAAAUACUGUGGAUACAAAUAAAACUGUCUGAGUGGA